AUGCCUCUCUGCGGCCAACUACUCCUUAACUUCACGUUUGCAUUUUCAGGAGUUGGAUGCGUUGGGGCCAGAACUGAACCGUGCAUGGUUACACCAGUUUGUCAGGAAUGGUCUCAGUGGGGACCAUGGUCGAUGUGUUCAACUACUUGCGGGGAAGGAGAAAGAAAACGUUCACGUGAAUGCAUCGGAGGGCGCGACUGUCCCGGCGUUAGCACGACUGUAGAGACUUGUGUAACCAUACCUUGCCCAAUCUGGAGUAGUUGGGGUCCUUGGGAAGGAUGUAGCGUUACAUGCGGGCCUGGCCAAGAAAAGAGAAGCAGGAAAUGUCAGGUAUGGUGCGCACAAGAGAAUGUGAAAACGGAAGAAGUUGCGAAGGAGCUUCUGAGGAACGACUACUCUGUAACCAACACGAUUGUCCAACGUGGACGGACUGGACCGCUUGGACAGUGUGUGCUAGCAAAUGUGAUGAAG